UUUUUUACAGCUAUGAACCCUACGUAGGGGAACAUCCUGCUGCUUCUCCUGUAGGGCGAGUGAUGAGGAGCGGAGUCUGGCUUUGGAGUGCUCGGAACCAGAGGAAUUGCCGAGGACUCAGAGCCCAGCCCUGACCACUCGAGAGCCCACAACACAAUGAACAAAUUGAACUUCCAUAACAAUAGAGUCAUGCAAGACCGCCGGAGUGUGUGUAUUUUCCUUCCCAAUGAUGAAUCUCUGAACAUCAUCAUAAAUGUUAAAAUUCUGUGUCACCAGUUGCUGGUCCAGGUGUGUGACCUACUCAGGCUAAAGGACUGUCACCUGUUUGGACUCAGUGUUAUACAAAAUAAUGAACAUGUCUAUAUGGAGUUGUCACAAAAGCUGUAUAAAUAUUGUCCAAAAGAAUGGAAGAAAGAAGCCAGCAAGGUACGACAAUACGAAGUCACUUGGGGUAUUGACCAAUUUGGACCUCCUAUGAUCAUUCACUUCCGCGUGCAGUACUAUGUGGAAAAUGGCAGAUUGAUCAGUGACAGAGUGGCAAGAUACUAUUAUUACUGGCACCUGAGAAAACAAGUGCUUCAUUCUCAGUGUGUGCUCCGAGAAGAGGCCUAUUUCCUGCUGGCCGCCUUUGCCCUGCAGGCUGAUCUUGGGAACUUCAAAAGGAAUAAGCACUAUGGAAAGUACUUUGAGCCAGAGGCUUACUUCCCAUCCUGGGUUGUUUCCAAGAGAGGGAAGGACUACAUCCUGAAGCACAUUCCAAACAUGCACAAAGAUCAGUUUGCACUGACAGCUUCCGAGGCUCAUCUUAAAUACAUCAAAGAGGCUGUCCGGCUGGAUGAUGUUGCCGUGCAUUACUACAGAUUGUAUAAGGAUAAAAGGGAAAUUGAAGCUUCUCUGACCCUUGGAUUGACCAUGCGGGGAAUACAGAUUUUUCAGAAUUUAGAUGAAGAGAAACAGUUACUUUAUGAUUUCCCCUGGACAAAUGUUGGAAAGUUGGUGUUUGUGGGUAAGAAAUUUGAGAUUUUGCCAGAUGGCUUGCCCUCGGCCAGGAAGCUCAUCUACUAUACGGGGUGCCCCAUGCGCUCCCGACACCUCCUGCAGCUCCUCAGCAACAGCCACCGUCUCUACAUGAAUCUGCAGCCUGUGCUGCGCCACAUCCGGAAGCUGGAGGAAAACGAAGAGAAGAAGCAGUACCGGGAGUCUUACAUCAGUGACAGCCUGGACCUCGACGUGGACCAGCUGGAAAAGCGGUCCCGGGCCAGCGGGAGCAGCGCGGGCAGCGGGAAGCACAGGCGCCUGUCCCGGCACUCCACCGCCAGCCAUAGCAGUUCCCACACCUCGGGCAUCGAGGCGGACCCCAAGCCCCGGGACGCGGGGCCGGAGGACAGCUACUCCGGCAGCGCCGUCCACCGCAAGCUGAGAACCUGCAGCUCCAUGACCAGCCACGGCAGCUCUCACACCUCCGGAGUGGAGAGCAGCGGCAAGGACCGGCUCGAGGAGGACUCGCAGGAUGACGAAAUAGAGAUGCUGGUCGAUGACCCCAGGGACCUGGAGCAGAUGAAUGAAGAGUCUCUGGAAGUCAGCCCAGACAUGUGCAUCUAUAUCACUGAGGACAUGCUCAUGUCGCGGAAGCUGAAUGGACACUCUGGGUUGAUUGUGAAAGAAAUCGGUUCUUCUAGCUCCAGCUCCUCAGAAACCGUUGUCAAGCUUCGCGGCCAGAGCACUGAUUCUCUUCCGCAGACUAUAUGUCGGAAACCAAAGACCUCCACCGAUCGACACAGCUUGAGCCUUGAUGACAUCAGACUUUACCAGAAAGACUUCUUGCGCAUUGCGGGUCUAUGUCAAGACACUGCUCAGAGCUACACUUUUGGGUGUGGCCACGAACUGGAUGAGGAGGGCCUGUACUGCAACAGCUGCUUGGCUCAGCAGUGUGUCAACAUCCAAGAUGCUUUUCCAGUCAAAAGAACCAGCAAGUACUUUUCUCUGGAUCUCACUCACGAUGAAGUUCCAGAGUUUGUUGUGUAAAGUACGUCUGCGCCCAGCUAGCUCUACAUAGCCCUACAGGCAGCCUGCUGUUGGCUGGAGGCUGGAAAGCCAUGGUUCGUUCUUUAAUUAUUGUGCCAUAUUCUCUUCACCCCAGAACAUAACUCUUUCUUGAUGAUAACUUGCGAUGGAAAUAAAAGCCUUGGGACAAUUGCACUUUAAGUAUUACACAGAGAUAAAAGAACUGCGGAGAAUGUACAGCAAGACACGUGCCCGGAAGUUCAUGAUCCUUUGGAAGGAAAUGUGCUUUACUGGUUACCAAGCCUUCAAAUAUUGAAUUGUGGUGUGUUUGUUCCUUGUUUUGUUUUUUCGUUUGGUUACACGACAUCACAUUUUUUUUAUCAUGUGAAAGAUGUUGUUAGGUUUAUUUGUUUGCUUGUAAUUUUUUUUUUUUUUUGUUACUCCCUCACGCACGUGGUUUGAGGGAGGAGAGAAGAGUCUCUCCUUUUAACGGAGAGACCGGUGCCCACUACAUAGCCAUUGCUGCCUCACUGGGGCUGUCCCAAAGUGAACACUAAUGAAGUGGUCAAAAUCCUGUAGCUCUAGCAAGCCAAAGAUACGGACAUACCAGAAGCGCAGCCCAGGUCCAGAAAACGUGAGUGAAGCAAUAACCAGAAGACUCUGUGUGCUACGAUGCCUUUUGACUCCUUCACACCCAGUCAGUGCCAUGUCCUCUUCCUGCUCGCCCGAAGGCUCUAGGACCCUGGGGAGUGUCUCAUCCGAGUAACGGAUCAGUGGUGUUCAUGUCAUCGUGCGUUUUGUGGCAUUUGCAAAACCAGUUUCUGUUAAAACUGUGGAAAUGUCUUAGAAAAUGUUUGUGCUUGGUGUUUUGUUUUAAUCAAGAACCAAUUACGGUAAUGCUAGUUUCUGCUUAACCAAAAUACCCUAACUGUACGUGUAUGUUAUACAUAUAUAAAUAC